AUGGCGACAGAGGCACCUCCGGUGGAGGGCAAGGCCUCAUUGAACCUGCCUAACUCGGUCCCUUUCUGGCGGCUAGUGACCGAGCCUGGCGUGGUUACCCAAGAGGUAGUAGACCACUUCUAUGAAGGAUCUGGAACGGAUGAGGAUCCAUAUGUUGUCAACUGGAUGCCCAAGGACUUUCGGAACCCGCUUCAACUCAGCACGCUAAUGAAAUGGUCCAUCACUAUGGUCGCCGCUAUGGAGACCCUGGUCGUGGCUCUCGUCUCUUCUGCCUAUACCGGAGGAAUCGUGCAGAUUGAGGAACAGUUCAUUACCACUACCGAGAUCGCAACAUUGGGAGUGUCUCUCUAUGUGCUUGGAUUUGCGUUGGGUCCUUUGCUCUGGGCCCCGAUGAGUGAGAUGUUUGGUCGCCAGGCGGUCUUCAUCAGCACCUACUGUGGUCUGACCAUCUUCUGUGCUGCAACCACUGGCGCAAAGAACAUUCAGUCUCUUAUUGUGUUUCGCUUCCUCGCCGGUGCAUUUGGCUCAUCUCCAUUCACCAACUCUGGUGGCGUGAUCGCAGACAUGUUUGCUGCUCGUGAGCGAGGCUUGGCCCUAUCUGCCUUUGCAUUGGCUCCUUUCCUCGGCCCGGUGAUCGGCCCAAUCAUUGGUGGCUUCCUGGGUAUGAAGGCUGGGUGGAAAUGGGUCAUGGGUCUACUGACCAUUCUGUGUGGCGUGAUGUGGUUCCUGGGCGCUGCCCUCAAGCCGGAGACAUACGCCCCAGUCCUGCUUCGCCAACGUGCUGUCACCCUCUCAAAACUGACUGGCAAAGUGUAUGUCAGUAAGCUUGACAUCGACCAAGGGCGGCCAAACCUGAAGGAUUCGCUUAAAAUCUCUCUGUCCCGUCCUUUCAUCCUGCUGUUCAAGGAACCUAUCGUCCUCAUUCUUUCCAUCUACCUCGCCAUCAUCUACGGAACCCUCUAUAUGCUUUUCGGCGCAUACCCGAUCGUCUACGAGAUUCACCGAGGAUGGAACCAGGGUGUCUCCAGUCUGGCCUUCCUUGGAGUCAUGGUGGGUAUGCUGGGUGCGAUUGCUUACUCGAUUCCUGAAAACAAUCGCUACGGACGUCUCCUUAGCAAGAACGGGGGCUACGCGCCGCCCGAGGCUCGCCUUCCCCCGUGUAUGGUCGCCUCGAUCGCCCUUCCCAUCGGUCUCUUCUGGUUCGCUUGGACCAACUCCCCCUCGGUCCACUGGAUGGCCAGUAUCGCCGCAGGUGUGCCAUUCGGCUUCGGCAUGGUUCUCGUCUUUUUGUGUGUCUUCAACUACUUGAUCGACGCUUACACGAUCUUUGCUGCUUCGGUCCUUGCUGCCAACUCUCUUCUACGGUCUCUGUUUGGUUUUGCUUUCCCCCUCUUCACUACCUAUAUGUUCGAGAACCUCGGCAUUCACUGGGCUUCAUGUGUUCCGGCCUUCCUGGCAUUGGCGUGCGUGCCCUUCCCAUUCAUUCUUUACAAGAAGGGUCUAUCCAUCCGAAAACACUGCAAAUACUCCGCGCAGUCAGAGGCCUUUGUCCAGAACAUCAUCAAAACCAUGGCACAGGCUGAGGGAACUGCUGAGACGGAGGAAUCCGUGACUCGCGUUCCAACCAUUUCUGAAGCUGACGAUACCGUUCAAUCUGCUGUGCAAAAGGAGGGCAAUGCCGACGUCCACUCUCUGGCUCGGUUGUCGACGGAGAUUCAGAGGGUUGCAACUUACGAAGCCAACCCCUAUAAUAUCGACCGCAUUCACACUCGUGAAUCAUUCAAAUAA